CUGAUGUGUAGAUUCUUCUUGGCUGCUACGUCAUUUCCUCUUUGAUCCGCGUCCAGCGUCCGUCUGACGACUUGUUCAAGCACCGCUAAACCCAGUUUGAUUCAGGUAAUCUGUUGCCAUGGCUGAAGACAGUGUCAUCCUUGAUUACGAUGAGGAAGAAAAUGAAGCAACUGUAGAUGCCGCUGGGGGUGACGGGCCAGCAAAGAAGGAUGUCAAGGGAACAUACGUGUCCAUCCACAGUUCAGGGUUCAGAGAUUUUCUGUUAAAGCCAGAGCUACUGCGUUCAAUUGUGGAUUGUGGCUUUGAGCAUCCCUCAGAAGGUGUCUGUGAUGGUUCUUGCUCACACAAGAGAGCUGGCUUUUCAGAUCAGCAAAGAGUAUGAACGUUUCAGCAAGUACAACAACAAUGUGAAAAUUGCUGUUUUCUUUGGUGGCAUGAAUAUCAAGAAAGACGAAGAAGUGCUGAGCAAAAACUGUCCCCACAUUGUAGUUGGCACCCCAGGCAGAAUUCUUGCUCUUGCAAGGUCUAAAGCUCUGGCGCUGAAGAAUGUGAAACAUUUCAUCCUGGAUGAAUGUGACAAAAUGCUGUCUGCGCUUGAUAUGCGAAGAGAUGUGCAAGAAAUUUUCCGGAUGACGCCCCAUGAGAAGCAAGUCAUGAUGUUCAGUGCCACCCUGAGCAAAGAAAUCCGCCCAGUCUGCAAAAAGUUCAUGCAAGAUCCUAUGGAAGUGUAUGUCGAUGAUGACUCCAAACUGACACUGCAUGGACUGCAACAGCAUUAUGCGAAACUGAAGGACAAUGAGAAAAACCGAAAGCUGUUCGAGUUGCUGGAUGUGCUCGAGUUCAACCAGGUCAUCAUUUUUGUCAAAAGCAUUCAAAGAUGCAUGGCACUUGCUCAGCUUCUACAAGAACAAAAUUUCCCAGCUAUUGCUAUUCACAGAGCUAUGACACAAGAGGAAAGAUUGUCAAGGUAUCAGUCUUUCAAGGACUUUCAAAAAAGAAUCUUGGUUGCUACAGAUCUGUUUGGCAGAGGCAUGGACAUUGAGAGGGUCAACAUUGUUUUCAACUAUGACAUGCCAGAGAACUCUGACACAUAUCUGCACAGAGUGGCUCGGGCUGGACGUUUUGGUACCAAAGGUCUGGCCAUCACCUUCGUCUCGGAUGAAAAGGAUGCCAAGAUCCUCAACGAGGUUCAAGAACGUUUUGAAGUGAACAUCACAGAGCUCCCUGAUGAAAUUGACAUUUCCUCUUACAUUGAGGGUCGCUAAAAUGGACACUGGCCUGCUUUCCUGGGAUCAAUGAUUCUUGUCAUUAUGGAUGUUGUUUGCACAUUGAUGUUUUUUAAGUAUAACAUUGUCACAGCUUCAUUUUUCUGAUGAAUAUGUCGUUUCUAUUCUUGUAAAUAAAUGCUCAUUUAAUAUGUUAA